GGCCGGCAGCAUGUGGCCGAGGCCACGAGCACCAACCAGCAGUGGGACGUGCACAAGGCCCUGGCCGUGGCCGGCGUCUUCCAUUUCCUCCACGGCGCUGGCAACGCCUGCGUGGCUCCCUUUCUGAGCCUGUACUGCCGGCAGUUGGGGCUGCCCGCCCCGCUCGUGGGCAUCGUCAUGGGCAUCAAGCACCUCGUGUCGUGCCUCUGGGCCCCGCUCGCCUCCUACCUGGCCAAGAGCCGCGGCAAGAGGAAGGUGCUCAUCGCCGCCUCCCUGCUGGGCUCCGUCGGGGCUGGGUUGCUGCUCACGCUCGUCCCGCCUCUGAGCCAGGAGGCUCUGUACAGGUACUGCAACGUCAGCCACGCGUCGCCCGGCGCCACCGCCGACGUGGGCACGAGCAACACCAGCGGCAGUGCCGCGGCCGUGGGGACCAGGGUCCGGCCCGCUGUACGUAAGGCGGCUUUCCAAGAAUUGAUUGGUUUUACUGAUCCGCUCGAGGAAAAAAAUGGAAGAGCUGGUAAAGAUGAUAAAAGUGCGGAUCCCCGCGUGAGUGGUGCCCCCGGCGUGACGGCGUCUGUACAGGUGAAACAGGUGGCACAAGAGCUUCAUACACCCCCUUCCGGUGAAACGCGGUUUAACCAACCUGAACAAGGAACAAGCAGCCUGGGCUCUCGGUUUCUAAAGGUGAAUGAUAAUCCUGAGGAAAACUUUCCUAUGAGUGGAAGUAGUGAGCUUUCUCUAUUUCAAACAAACCCUCGCCCUGUUGUUGAGACUCCUUAUGUUUUUGAAAAUCUCUCAGGACACUGGGAAGACGCUCAGGAUGUCAACUUGGAGCUCCUGCCAGUUAACUUUCUUGACAGGGAGCACCAGGUUUUUCUCAUGGUGCUGGGUGCUGUUGUGUUUUGGGAGCUGCUGGCUGCACCCCUCGAAUGGACGGUUGAUGAUAGCCUUUAUGAAUAUCUUGACUUUGUUGAUGCAACCGACAGAUACGGGAAUCUUUGGAUUUGGAGUUAUUUGGGUGCUUCCGGAGGAGCCUGCAGUAUUGCUAUACUUGUGGAUCAGUUGAAUUGCUUCCUCAAUACUGAAGUCUCCCGUCUCGCUGUUCAUUUCUAUGGCUACGCCCUGCUGAUCACACUCACAUUGCUUGUCAGCAUCUUUUUUCCCAUCCAUGUUUCUAGGAAAACGGAGCACGUGAACAAAACUGUCAAGGCACUGAACCUCAUUGGAAGUGAUGGUCGAACAAUUCUGUCAGCUGUCACAGUCUUCCUGACCGGGGUCAUUGGAUCUACGGUACAGAACUUUCUCUUCUGGCAAAUGCAGGACCAGGGCAGCACUGAAUUAUACAUGGGUCUCUCAGUGGCAAUUGGACUAAUUGCUGAAAUUUUGCUGCAUUUCUGCAAAAGCAGGUUGCUAAGGACUCUGUCAAGUAGUGGCACUGUUGCACUGAGUUUAAGUUGCCUUGCACUACAACUUCUGUACUAUUCGUUCCUGUGGAAUGCAUGGGCCGUUUUACCUAUCCAGAUUUUAUCUGCUUUCAGUAAUGGUUCUUUAUGGUGGGCAGUUAAUAUGAUGGUUGAUGAUGUAGCCACUCCUGGAACAGAAAGAGCUCUGCACGUUGUCCUCCAAGGCCUCUCCUAUGGUUGUGGAGCUAGUCUGGGAAGUUUCACAGGAGGAUUUGUUGUGAGCAAUUUUGGCCUGGCAGUUCUAUACAGGGCAUGUUGCAUAAGUUUGAUACUUUGGUUAAUCUUGUUCCUUAUUGUCCAAUCCAAGCUGCCUCGGCAGAAAAAAAUCAAUUAUUCUCGUCUCCUAGCUGCAGAUCCCAGUGAUGUGAGCGAUUCUGAUGAGGAAAGGGAAAGGGACUGGCUGGUGAAAGCAAUGAAAGAUGAGCAUUUCAGUAGGAAUUGGUAACUUUGCACUUGAUCUGUAAUGGAACAAAUUCUGAGUACAAAGAUUAAACUGCUGGACAGCAAGGAAAGAAGUACCUAGGAAUGUUUAGUAAUUUUUAAAUGAUGGAAUUAUACAGUGUACAUAUCUGCAACAAAAGCUAUGUAUAAAGACCACAUUUUAUAAAUUGUUUAUUUUCUUAAGGUUAAUUUAUAGUAAAUAUUUGUAAGAAGCUUUUGCUUUUUUAACUUAACGAUUCAAUUUCCAGAAUUUAAAAGGAAAGGAUUUUGAGAUGAAUGCUAAAAUGAAAAAGACAAAUGUGGACAUUAGCUUCUUAUCUGAAGCUUACAAAGCUGGACUCUUAUACUUUAGCACAGUUGACUCCGUUUUUUUUAAUACUUAUGCACUAAGGCUGCCAACAGACAUGGAAAAAAAACUGCACUUUCCUGGAAGAGGCAACACAUUAGUUUGACCAGGCUCUGCAUCAUCUGUAUAGAUCACGUGCUUCAGCAGGGGGUUUUGGUACUUUUAUCUAAUAGCUGAUUCAUUCAGCUAUUAGAUAAAAGCACAAAAAAGCCCCAAUAACCAUCUGAUCUCUACAGAUGUUGGGCAAACUGGAUCCAACUAGCAUGCUGCAUCUUCUGGGUGUUGGUUUUGGCAUGGGGCGCACAGAGUUUAAAGUGCCGUUUUGGGGUGUUGGGGGGGUUACAUCUGUAAGCAGCCUAAUAUUAAUAAGAUGCCAUUUCAGUGAGACUCACUUUUUAUUGACCACAGACUAUUAAUGAAAGAAACGUCCAACUUGUUUUAUUCUGUUUGGGACUCUAAAAUCAAUCUCACUGUAGACUGUACACUUUUGGGUUUAGGUGAUGAAGGCAAAGCUGACAAACCAUUGGGCGUCCUAUUAGUCAACCAUUUUUUAAAGUGGUGGCUGGGACUGUGUGCCAAAUAUUGGCUCCUUCCGCCCCCAAAGCUUCCUAUAGAUCUUCCUUUAUAUUUAACAUUAUCUACAAAGACUGCAGGUACCCAGAAUGCAAUACCAUAUCUUGAUUUGAAUAGCCUCUGUUUGAAUCAAAAUAGAAUGCUGAAUACUGGGAACUUACAUGAUAAGAUAUUAGUUGGCCUAGCUGCUCCUACUGAAUUUGAUGGGUCUUUUGAAUUCAGGGGAAGCAGACUUAAAUUGUCAAGUUUGGUGCUCUUGACAAGUUGCCCCUUGAGAGAGUUUGGGUAACUUGUAUAUUUAAAUACACUCCACUAGCUAUAUCCGGUCCAAAUGCAUUUAUACUUCUUUGGGGUCAGUAACUCAGUUUAAAGUGUCCCCUACAUUUGUCCAGUUACCUCCAAAAGUAUGAAUUCCAACAUAUUUGAAGAUUUGACUGACUUUACCAAAAGAUUCAUGAUGGACCUUUAUAGGAUGAAUAGAUCAUGAAGUUUUAUUGUCCUUCUGGCUAAAAUGAGGCAUUUAUUGCCAGUUUAAGAAAUGCUUACUCUUCAGAGACUCUUCCUCUCUUGAAGGAUGAUAGAACUGAAUACCUAGUGGGUGGCCAGCUGAGGGGCACAUGCAAGCAAAAGGAUUAAAUAUUUAGCGCAGGUAUAUGCAAUAGAAGUAGGGCUUGUAAAAGACCUGAAAAUAGUAUGCAUUUGGCAUGGUAAACAGUUUACCUAUUACCUUUCUAAGUUAGUAGAAAGUGGCAGGGAACCAGCAACAGGGAAGGUGGUACCAUUAAAAGGUAAUUUAUGGCUGUUAUGAUUCAUCUGCAUGCCAGAUAAUUUCAAUUUAGUUUAACUGUCUGCACUUCCUGGCAUAAAACUACUUUACCAUGAAGAAUAUUCUACUAGAAUUGUUCUAUAGAUACAAUUGUUAUACUGCCAAAAACAAUUUAAGCUCUUUUUUUUUUUUUUUGAUAGGCAAGAUAAUAUUGCCACCUUGUAGGAAUUCAAACAGAACAAGCUGAGAAGUUUUGGUGUCAAAAGAAUUGGACCCCAGCUCAAUCAAUCAUAUAAUACUUUGCCACUGAGUGGUAAUUGGUGACACUUAGCAGUUUUGGCUGAGGGUUUUUUAAUUAAAAGUAUGCAUCAGACCCCAGCACUAUUUUUUGAAGGACAGUGUCAUAGGCACCCAGAUAUAGUUUGGUAAUAACUAGGUAGGUAGGAUUUGGUCCAAAAUUGGCCCAAAUCUUAUAAUUAGUAGAUACCUGUGUCUUUAAAAUCUAGUGAAAAUACUUGGGUUUUUUUUCUAAAUCAAAGUUUGAAACCUAAGUUUUAAAUGCUCUGAAUUAGUCUGUAAGUGAACAGAUACAGCAAGCUUGUAUUGAAGCAGAAAUUGUACUGAUUUAAGUACCUGUUAAUUUUGUUUUUAAUAUGUGCAACAGCAUUUUAUGUAGAACGGUAUCACAUUACAGAGUACUUUGUGCUAAUUUAGAUAGUAUAGCACCUCUUACUUUGUUUCGGGAGUGUUUUUGGGGCUGCCCAAAUUUAGCAACAUGGAUUUAACAACAUGGAAUAACAACUGAUCUCAGUAAAAUGAUUCAAUUUCUAUGUGUAGACCUAGACUUUCAGAAUAAAAGAUUUUACAAACUGAGAUGAGGAAUGUUAAAAGUAAAAAGAUAAAGGGUUUGAAGUGUCCAGUAAAUUGGAUAGCUAAACUAUUUUCACUUCAUCACAGACCCAGUAGCAGUAAUAGUAAAACAAGUUUGUCUACAACACAUAAUUACAGCGUAUCGGAGCAGGCUCCGGGCUUGUGUUCUGGACUUAGGUGAUAAAUUCCUGUUACUCUGGCUCAUCUCUUUCGUUCUCCAUUUCUCCUUUCUGUGCUAGGUUUUAUGUGCACUGUCCCAGCCCUAGUGAAGAGAAAUGAGGGCCUGUGUGAAGAACAGUGGGAUAUUCUGCCCCUCAGUGACUCAUGUUUUUACAGCAGCCAGCAGAUUAAACUGAGUUGUCUUUUACAUUCACUUAACACUUUCUAGUGUUUUAGCUGUGAUACACUUUGCUGUAGCGGGUCUCCCUCACAGCUUUGGUAUUUUUUUUAACAAGUAUAAAUGUAUUAAAGCUGUGAAUACCAUUGGGACUGCAAUAAAAAUGCAGAGAAACCAAAGUGCCAUUAGGUCAUAUAAAUUGUGUCUUUUAACAAAUGAAGAAACCGAUUCAGUGUACUGAUGCAUUUCCAAGCCCAACCAUGUCAAUAACAUAGAGUUGGAUCAUUUAACAUAUGCUAAUGCCAAAAAGCAGUAGUGACAAACUUCUGCAAAAUGUUUCUCUGUUGUAUUAUUUUUUUUAAUCUUAUAAGGCAGUGGGUGUGUGGAAUAAGUGGCUAUAAAGCUCUGGAGCAAACUUCCACCAUUUACUUCUAGAACUAUUUUUUUCUAUGUCAGUUGGAGAGUUGAGCUGGGUGCUUUCCUUCUUACAUAUCACCAUGCUUUCUAAUCAAGCAUUUAUAUUUUUAGUGAAGGGAAUGACUGUAAUUAUGAACACCACUGGAAUUGAUAGAUGAGAAGGAAGAGACUUCAGCCACCAACAUAACUGUGCUUGUCCUACAGGACUAAUAUGAGUAAAAGCAUAAACACUGGCUUUUCUGCUUAUGUCUGUAUUAGAAAGCUUGCACUAGUAUAACUAAGUCAACUUGAAUCAUUGCAGGCCCCUAAUAAAUAGUUGAAACCAAUUUAAAUUGUGCUUUAAUUGGUUUAAGUGCAUCUAUAUGAGAAGUUUGUAUUGCUUUAAUUGGAUCAGGUUUAGUGGACAGUGCCUCUGUUACCAAAAUUAGCAAAUCAAUGAAAUAAGUGCCAUUUUUACAUACUCACUUUUCUGGCCAUAACUAAACUAUAAAACAAGCAGAAUGCUGUCAUUCUGAUUCAGCUAAACCAGAAUCUGGAAUAACUGACUUCAUUAUCGCCUUUAUUUGUUUUUUAUCACUGAAACCACAGCCUUGUGCAAUAUUUCCAUUGGUGUUUUAUAAAAAAAUAAUGACUUGUAACUAGGACUGUGGAAAGCAGUAUGUUCAUUUUACAGUAGGACUGUGCAAACUUCCAUCCAGUUCUAGCCAUGCGAGUGGUUCACAUCCUCUUGAGUGCUGCUUGGAGUUUAAGAUUCCCGGAGAACCACUAUUUCUAAGCACAAGUUGCAUGAAACCAGCAAUCCAAUGAAAUUGCAAUUUCCUCAUACAUUCCAAAUGAUAAGAAUCAUCCUAGGUUGAACUUCUAGAGACAGAAAUCUUUUCUAAGUGUUCAUGGAAUUCAACAAAUCUUUUCACGAAGCUGAUUUAAUUGUUUAGUUAGUAAUGAAAUAUAGUCAGGUGAAUUUCUAGAGAGGAUUUUGGUGUUUGCAAUGAAUGCCCGGUCAUACUUUCAAAUAAAUAGGUCUCAUCUAGUCCUUUUGUUAGAUGGUUCAAUUUAAUAUGUAUUUUUCCAAGAAUGUUAAGGUUAUUAUUUUGAGUAGCAGUAUAUGACAAACAGGAAUUUUUGCAGGUACCAAAUCUUAAAAACUGGAACUUUCCUGAAUCCAGACCUCUUUUAUGAUAGAACAUAAUGUUUGUAAUGUUUCGGGCAUUAUGUAUAUUGUCUUACUAUUGCUAAGGCUUUCCAUACAAUCCAUGUGUAAAAAUGCUUGUUUUGUUUUUGUUUUUGUUUUUUUUUUAUUUGGGGGGGGGGAGGGGUUGCUUUGUGUUUUUGAAAUCUGUACUGUCCUGGGAGUUUGGAUGAUGCAUUCUAAAUCAGAUUGCAGUUUUUGGAAUCACAGUGUUGCAGAGUCUCUUGAUAGAACCUGCUCUAACCUUUUAAAAUUGAUCCAUCCUCAGCUGUCCUUUCUCAGGGUUUUCAGCUGUGCAAACUGAUGUAGUAGGUGUUGGAACUAAUCUUGUCCAUUUGGUUCAACAUUCUAAUGAGAAGAUAAUAUUGGAGGUAUAGGAAAAGAAAAAUGACUAUUUUAUGAUCCAGCUUUUAUGGAAAUAGGCAUUUGUAUGUGAUUUGAUCAAUCAUAAGAAGAAUUUGGUAAAUGUUCUUAUUUAUCAAAGUGGCUUUCAUUUGCAUCUGCAGUCUAAUUAGUUAAUUGGCUUUAUUUUUUACUAUUGCUGUUGACCUUGAUUGAUUUAAGCCAUGCAAGCAGCAUACUGGAGAGGAGGUAUCAGGUGUCACCACUAAGGACCGGGCUAACCCUUCCCUAGCCCUGCAUCUGCAACAGAACUGUUUGUCACAGAGAACUUUGGAUCCUUGCUUGCCAUGUAGAACUGUGGUUGUGAGGCCACAGAAGGGUUAAUUUGGCUGUUGGUAGUGACAUCUUUCUUGCAGCAACAUCCUCCCCGAGCAGGCUUUCCAGCCUCCAUUCCUGCAUCCCAAGGUGAGAAAUCUGUCAAGUAUGCCUCUGGGGAUGAGGGGCCGGAGCUGUGGUAGGAACAUAAUUUGUGGCAUGCCUGCCAAAAAGAUGACCACAACUGAUUUUGGCAAUGAAAAAUAACUGCAUUAUUUUAUGACUUGAUGAAAAUACUACUUGACAAAUAGAGCAGCAAGAAAACUGUUUUUCCCAAAUCACAAUGAAAAGUCCAAUCCAGAAAAUACUUAUAUACUGAAAAUCUUUCUCCCACUCCCUCCCCCCUGGCAAAUUGGUUCUGGUCCACUGAUUUUGUUUUUGUUCUUUUCUGUUUUAAUGCUUUUUAUUUAUUUAUUUAUUUACUAUAGCUAAUCUAAAUUUCUAAACAAAAAGUUACAUUGAACCUAAAAACUGGAAUGCUUUGUUUAGAAAAUGUCUUGUUUCUUUUUAACAUCCCAAACUUGUUCACACAGUUUGUGUUGAGAAACUCAAAGUUAACCUUUCACAUGGAAAGUUUAAUCGGUAGUGGUUUUAAUAUUUUCUCCUUAGACAGCGAAUUCACAACCUCCUGUAGUGACAAGCAUUUAUUCUAUAGCACUUCCACAACAAUAAGAUUGCAGCUUCUCCUCAUUAAACUCCUGUAACAGCUGGUGGGGGGGUGUAGGUUGUAGCCGUGUUGGUCUAAGGACAUAG